AUGUAUAUCAAGCAGAUCAUUAUCCAGGGCUUCAAGAGCUACAAGGAGCAGACUGUCAUCGAACCCUUCUCGCCCAAGACGAACGUCAUCGUUGGCCGCAAUGGCUCCGGAAAGAGUAACUUUUUCGCGGCGAUGCGAUUUGUCCUGAGUGAUGCAUACACCCAGAUGAGUCGCGAAGAACGCCAGGGCCUGCUCCAUGAAGGCUCGGGCUCUGCAGUCAUGUCUGCGUACGUCGAGAUUAUUUUUGACAACAGCGACGAUCGCUUCCCCACAGGCAACAAGGAAGUUGUUUUGCGCCGAACUAUCGGACUCAAGAAGGACGAGUACUCUGUAGACCGCAAGGUAGUGACCAAGACGGAUGUGAUGAACCUCCUCGAGGCCGCGGGUUUUUCACGCUCGAACCCAUACUACAUUGUCCCACAAGGUCGUGUCACGGCAUUGACCAACAUGAAGGAGUCCGACAGACUGAAUUUGCUCAAAGAAGUUGCCGGUACUCACGUGUACGAAGCACGCCGCGCCGAGUCACUCAAAAUCAUGAACGAGACUAACAACAAGCGAGAAAAAAUCGACGAACUACUGGAAUAUAUCAAGGAGCGGUUGAGUGAACUAGAGGAAGAAAAGGAAGAACUGCGAGGCUUCCAAGACAAGGACAGGGAGAGGCGAUGCCUUGAAUAUGCGUACCAUCAUCGGGAGCAGGUGACAAUUCAGUCUGCUCUGGAGGACAUUGAUAACGCUAGACAGGAUGGCCUAGAUACCAGCGACUCAAGCCGCUCAGAAUUUCUAAAAGGGGAGAAGGCCAUUGCAAACCUGGAUGUCGAGAUCCAUGGCCUGCAACGAGAGUUGGAGCUCCUCGAGAUCGAUCGUCGCCAACACGAAGAAGAUAGGCGAGAUGGCGCCAAGGCUCUGGCCAAGGUGGAGCUCAAAGUGAAGAACCUGAAAGAUGGGCAGUCUGCUCUGGAACAAGCUCGUUCGCAACACGAAGCCGAACUGCAAUCAGUCCAAGCGGAGAUGGCACAGAAAAAAAGGGAGCUGGACGAUAUUCUGCCUGGGUACACCAAGAGGAAACAGCAAGAGAAUGACGUGAGAAAGCAACUGGAUACGGCUGAAGCAUCACGGACGCGACUCUUCGCCAAACAAAGUCGCGGUUCGCGAUUUAAGAACAAGUCGGAGCGCGACACUUGGUUGAAGUCUGAGAUUGAAGAGUUAAACAUGACAAUGAGCGCCCAAAAGGCCAACAAGCUGGAAGCCGAAGAAGAAGUUGCUAGGAUCCGAAAAUCCAUCGAACUGAUGGAGAGGGAGGUGGCCGACUUGCGGUCCCGUCUCGGCAAUUGGAGUGGCGACCGAGUCCGGCUGGCAGAAGAAGCGACGCAGGCCAGGGCCCAUCUGGAUAAGUUGAAUGACGAGCGGAAGCUUAUUCGUCGCGAAGAAGACAAGCUGAAUUCUGUCAUUGCCAACGCCCGCCAGGAGAAGGACCAAGCUGAAAGGGAAAUGUCCCACACCAUCGAUGGUGCAACAGCCCGCGGGCUAGCCUUUAUUCGUCGCCUCAAGGCAGAGAAAGAUAUUCCCGGCGCAUACGGAACACUCGCCGACCUGCUCGAGGUGAAUGAAGCGUACCGACUACCCGUUGAACAGACCGCGGGUGCUAGCCUAUUUCACUACGUCGUUGAUAACGCCGAUACUGCGACAUACUUGGCCGAUCUUCUGUUUAAGCAACGUGGCGGUCGAGUUACCUUCAUGCCGUUGGCCCAACUACGACCUCGACAAAUAACUCUUCCGCGCUCUAGUGACGCCGUGCCCUUGAUAAGCAAGAUCCAGUAUGAUGAAAAAUAUGAAAAGGCAUUCCAGCAAGUGUUUGGCAAGACUGUCGUCUGUGUCAACUUGGCUGUGGCUUCUCAGUAUGCCCGAAGCCACGGGGUAGACGGCAUCACGGCUGAAGGUGAUACCACUAACAAGCGAGGUGCGAUGACUGGUGGUUACAUUGAUCCCCGCAAGUCACGCUUGGAAGCCGUGCAUUCCGCGAACAAGUGGCGACGGGAAUAUGAUAAUCUAAUAGCACAAUCCCGGGACCUGCGCCGACAGAUUGAGCUCAAAGAUCAAGAGAUCACAGGUGCCAUGUCAGAACUUCAAAAGCUGGAGCAGCGACUACGCCAAGCUGACGACGGUUUUGAGCCACUGAAGCACGAGCUGCGAAACAAGUCUGCCCAUGUUGAGAACGAGAGGUCCCGUCUCGACGCUGCUUCAGUCCGUCGGGAUUUGGUGGACAAAAACCUCAACGGGUUUUUGGAAGAAAUUGCAGCUCACGAAGCUGAAAUAGGCACCGAAUUCAAGAAGAACAUUACCCCUGCGGAAGAACUAGAGCUGGAGCGACUGAGUAGCGUCUCACAACAGUUGCAAAAACAGUGGAACGACCUGAGCAAUCAGCGAAGAGAACUCGAGAGGAGAAAGCAAUUCCUCGAGGUGGAUUUGCGCCAAAAUCUCCAGCUGAAGCUGGAUCAGUUGAGCAGCCAGGCCUUCGAGAACUCGACCUCUGGUGGGUCAGCUGGAGGCAUGAAAGAGGCGCAACGCGAGUUGAAGAAGGCUCAAACGUCGCUUCGCACCGUUGAAGCCAAUCUCCAGGAGACUGAAGGGAAGAUAGAACAGCUUGUUGGCCGGAUUGAUGAACUUGGCGGGGAGAAGUCUGAGAGAGAGCAACGACAAAACGAACUCUCCUCAAGAAUAGAGAAGCAGCAGAAGAGGAUGGAGAAGGCGAUGCAAAGAAAGGCUCUUCUCACCACCCAGGCUGCCGAAUGCGCCAAGAACAUCAGAGAGCUGGGAGUGCUUCCAGAAGAAGCAUUCGAUAAAUACGAGAAUAUGGAAGCCACCACGAUCACCAACAAACUGAAGCGGGUCAAUGAAGCUCUGAAGAAAUACAAGCACGUCAACAAGAAGGCCUUUGAGCAGUAUAACAACUUUACGACGCAGCAAGACCAACUCAUGAAGCGACGAAAGGAAUUGGAUGCCUCACAAGAUUCUAUCGAGGAGCUUGUCGAGCACCUGGAUCGGCGUAAAGAUGAGGCCAUUGAGCGGACCUUCAAGCAGGUCUCGAAAGAGUUUGCGACCAUCUUUGGAAAGCUGGUUCCCGCUGGCCAUGGACGUCUGGUCAUCCAGAGAAGAGCCGAUCGGCGCCAGGAGCCCGAGGAGUCAGACGAAGAAGCACGCGGCAGUGUGGAAAACUACACCGGCGUAGGGAUCAGCGUUUCGUUCAACUCCAAGCACCUGGAUGAACAGCAGAGAAUUCAACAGCUCAGCGGUGGACAGAAGAGCUUAUGUGCUCUUUGUCUCAUCUUUGCCCUCCAACAGACUGAGAGCAGUCCCAUGGUCAUCUUUGACGAGGUAGAUGCAAACCUAGACGCCCAAUACCGUACCGCCGUUGCGGCUUUGUUGAAAUCCAUUUCCAACGAAGCCGGCACCCAAUUCAUUUGCACCACGUUCCGACCUGAAAUUGUCCAUGUGGCAGACAAGUGUUACGGUGUGACGUUCCACAACAAGACAAGCUCCAUCAACUGCUACAGCGAAGAAGACGCCCUGAACUUCGUUGAAGGGCAAGCCAAGCCUGUGUGA